AUGGUUUUACGCGAGUUUCCGACUCUACAGAAGCAAUUGCAACAGGACGAGGAAAAGAUCUGGUAAAAUAACCUGUUUUUUUAGAAAGACUCGAUUUAGGACGAAAAUAUUGGAGGAUGUGAGCUCAGAAUCAAGUAAAGUGACUCAAGGCGGGGCUAUUGUAAUGGGUAUGUUUGAAUAAUGUUAUUAUGGGGUCUAUGGCGCUCUGGUGGCUUAUAGUUGGAUUCGUUCUCUUUCUUCAGGGGAGCCGUUAUGUGGGAAGUCCAGUCUAAUUGCACGGAUGGUGAACUCGGAUCGAAUUCCUGUCCCAUCCGUUUUCGAAUACAAUUUUUUGACUGUCCAUGCAAAUGAGGAUAACCGUCAGACCUAUCAGAUUACAAGUUCUACAGCCCCAUUUGGUGCCCAUGAUUCCAUGAAUCUUCCUCUUUGGCUUUGCGACGGUUCCGAACAAUCAACGCCAUUGUUCGAAUUUGCCUUUCCCAAACAAUUGUCCAAGUUGGUCGUUGUUUUAUGUGCCUCCGCUUCCAAGCCGUACAAUAUAAUUAAAUCUCUGAUGGCUCUGUACAAGAUUGCAGAACAGAGAAUCGAGCAACAUUAUUCAGAAGAUCAAAUCAAGGACGCCAAAGCUGCACGUAUGGUUAAGGGUUUUUUUUAAAUAUUUUUAGAGGUUCGAUAUUGGCAAGAAUAUGUGGAACCAGCCGAAAGCAUGUACAUAGACAACACCGAAUUUAGGUCAGAGGUACUGGAACUAGAACAAGGUGUGCUAACUGACAAUUGUGGAGCUACAGUAAUCGUUGUUUUAACAAAGACUGAUGAAACGCCAAUUACCAGUGCGGAAGAUGUUGGCCGAUUGCAAUUUCAAUUGCGACGAUUCUGUCUUCGCCUUGGCGCUUCUCUUGUAAGUAUACUUUAAUUCUUGAAGGUGUCUUACAGUUUUAUACAUCCGCCAAAACGGACACAAAUACUGCACUGUUGAGAAAAUAUAUUGCCCAUCGCAUAUAUGGAGUGCCAUUCAGCAAACCAGCUCAUAUUGUGGAUGAGACAAGCAUCUUUAUCCCCUCAGGGUGGGAUUCUAUGAAGAAAUUGGACAGUGAAAAAGAAAUGCUCAAGAACCCAGACCAGGAGUUCGAGUCUAAUGCAGAGGAGUUGCCAUUAUCUGGCCGCGAUCGAUUCGUAGAAUGCGAGGAUGAGCAGGGAUUCCUACAGCGACUGGCCAAGGCUUUAGCCGAGAACCCGGCCUCUCCGAAACGAGAAGGAAACGCACCCAAUGCACUCACAAAUGCACCCAAUCAGACAGGACAGUCUCCCCUCGCAAACUUCUUCGGAAGCUUAAUCAAAAAGGAUGGCGCUGGUAGGAGAGAUAGUCUUUGCACUAAGUUCAUCAUGUUUUAGCAUCUCCAAGGUCUAAUUCUAGUGCAGAAGCCACAGCUCAUUUCCAAAAGCUUGCUGCAACAAAGAAGGAUGGCCAAGAGUAG